GGUGUCCGGUUGCUGGGCAGGGAGCGCGCCAGGACCAGGCCUGCGGGACUACAGAAUGGGCUGAGGCGUCGACUGCUGGGCGAGGGAUCCCGAGACGUCCGGAGUGGAAAUCCAGCUUGAACAUGGAGAUGUACGAAACCCUUGGAAAAGUGGGAGAGGGAAGUUACGGAACAGUCAUGAAAUGUAAACACAAGGAAACGGGACAGAUAGUGGCCAUUAAGAUAUUUUAUGAGAAACCAGAAAAGUCUGUCAACAAAAUUGCAACAAGAGAAAUAAAGUUUCUAAAGCAAUUUCGUCAUGAAAACCUGGUCAAUUUGAUUGAAGUUUUUAGACAGAAGAAGAAAAUUCAUUUAGUAUUUGAAUUUAUUGACCACACAGUAUUAGAUGAGUUACAGCAUUAUUGUCAUGGACUAGAGAGUAAACGACUUAGAAAAUAUCUCUUCCAGAUCCUUCGAGCAAUUGACUAUCUUCAUGGUAAUAAUAUCAUUCAUCGAGAUAUAAAACCUGAGAAUAUUUUAGUAUCCCAGUCAGGAAUUACAAAGCUCUGUGAUUUUGGUUUUGCACGAACACUAGCAGCUCCAGGGGACAUUUAUACGGAUUAUGUGGCCACACGCUGGUAUAGAGCUCCAGAAUUAGUAUUAAAAGAUACUUCUUAUGGAAAACCUGUGGAUAUUUGGGCUUUGGGCUGUAUGAUCAUUGAAAUGGCCACUGGAAAUCCCUAUCUUCCUAGCAGCUCUGAUUUGGAUUUACUCCAUAAAAUUGUUUUAAAAGUAGGCAAUUUGACACCUCACUUGCAGAAUAUCUUUUCUACAAGUCCCAUUUUUGCUGGGGUGGUCCUUCCUCAAGUUCAACAUCUCAAAAAUGCAAGAAAAAAAUACCCAAAGCUUAAUGGAUUGUUGGCAGAUAUAGUUCAUGCUUGUUUACAAAUUGAUCCUGCUGAGAGGAUAUCAUCUACUGAUCUUUUGAAUCAUGAGUAUUUUACCAGGGAUGGAUUUAUUGAAAAAUUCAUACCAGAACUAAGAGCUAAAUUACUACAGGAAGCAAAAGUCAAUUCAUUCAUCAAGCCAAAAGAAAAUUGUAAAGAAAAUGAACUUAUGAGAGAUGAAAGAAAAACAAUGUAUACCAAUACACUGCUAAGUAGCUCAGUAGGGGGAAAGGAAACAGAAAAAGAGAAAAGGCCCAAGGAUAUCAAAGUCAGAUUUACUAAAGUCAGAGGAGGAAAAGGAGAUAUCUCAGAACCGAAAAAGACAGAGUAUGAAAGUCGAUAUUGUCAACAAGAUGCAAUUGAAAAUGCUCAUGCUAUAUCUGAAGAUAUAAAACCUGUAUUCAUUGAACCACCAAACCCUGUCAAUCCUAGCACUAAUUCUAAUGAUAUGAAAGAAAAUCUGCAUUCUGGAGGUUGUAUGACAAUGCCACCCAUCAAUCUAACUAGUGGUAAUCUGAUGGCUGCAAAUCUCAGUUCAACUCUCCCUCACUCUAAUAUAAGGUUAACUGAAAGAGCAAAAAAGAGACGUACUUCUUCGCAAUCAAUUGGACAAGCUAUAUAUAAUGGCAGGCAAGAGGAUGCAGGUCCCACUCAAAGCCAAAUGGAAAAGGGUAUAUUUAAUGAGCGAACAGGUCAAAGUGAUCAAAUGGCAAAUGAGAACAAAAGGAAGCUGAAUUUUUCCAGAACUGACAGGAAAGAAUUCCAUUUUCCAGAAUUGCCUUUUACAAUACAGUCAAAGGAUAUUAAAGGAAUGGAAGCUAAACAGACAAAAGUGUUGAAAAGGGAUUCAAAGAAAACAGAUUCAUCUAAAAUACCAACUUUACUUAAUAUGGAUCAAAAUCAAGAAAAACAGGAGGGUGGAGAUGGCCAUUGUGAGGGGAAGAAUUUGAAGAGGAACAGAUUUUUUUUCUGGUAGUGUUUUUUCUUUUAAAUCUUAAAAAUGCAAACUGCCUACUCUUCCCUUCUUAUUUUACAGACAAUAAAAGUGUAACACGAACUGUUAAGACAGCCUAUGGUCUCCAUUAGCAUCAUCCAACUUUUUUUUUAUAAUUGAAACAUUUACUGUUUCCUUCUUCUUCCUUCCAAAACUCUGUUAAUGUGAUGCUUUGGUUUGAAAUUAUAAAGUCAUCUCCUCUUUGCCUGCU